UACUUACCUGUAAUUCUCCCAAAUAGACCCUCAAUGAUUCAGCGGGUUCUCUCACAACAACAAGAAUAGCUAGUGGAUGUUGUUCUGAAAGACUUCGUAGAGUUUGAUUUGAUUUAGUAGUGUGAUAUUGAAGAAAAUAUCCCAACAAGGAUGUCAAAAACGUUUGAAGAACAACAAUUUAUAAAAGCUGGUCAUGAAAUAGACAACCUUGAACUUGAGGGCUUUGAUCAUUUUAUUGAUUCUACUCAAGAAAAUGUGACCUGUAAAAUAUAUAGAAGAUACCAAGAGGAAAGUGGUCUUUAUGAUUACAAGAUUUUGGGCGAACUAUUAGAUGUCAAGUAUGAAACUUGUAAAGCUGUAUAUAUGGAUCUAGAUUACAGAAAGACAUGGGAUUCCUAUGUUAAAGAAUUGUACGAAGUAGAAAAUCAAAUAGGUGUAAUCUACUGGAAUGUAAAUUAUCCUUUUCCCAUGUCAAAUCGGGAUUACAUAUACAGGCGCGAAMUAUGUGAACUUGGUCAACCGGACUUUAAGAGUGCAACCUCAGUAAUCUUAGCAAAAGCUUUCGAUGUUCCUGACAUCAAGCAGAAAUCAGGUGUUGUGAGGGUUACAAGUUAUGAACAGAGUUUAGUGAUUCAAAGCAAUGGAAAGGAAGGGACAAAAGCAUUUAUGUACUACUUUGACAACCCCGGUGGAAUGAUUCCAACUUGGCUCAUCAACUGGGCUGCAAAGACAGGAGUGCCAUCCUUUAUGAGCUCCAUGCGAACUGCAUGCCUUGGCUAUGACAAAUAUCUUCAGAAAAAAGGACGAACUUGACGUCUAAAAACAUUAGAUAUAUUUAAAAUUUGCUAAAUCAAGUUAAUUUUAGAAAAAAAAACACACAAGUCGAGGAAAGUGAAUGAAUGAAAAAUUCAUAGAUUAGCAGGUAYUUCAUGCGUUUUUACAGAAAUGUCAAAAGAAGUUUUCUGUUUUCUCGACGUUUUUUUUUUUU